GCUCAUACCAUAAUUCAGCAGCCAUAUCUUCAGACUCUUGAGUUUCUGAUCCAGGACAACCCAUGGAACCAAAGCAAUCCACCAUCAGAUCUACAGAGGAUAAAAAGAGGCAACAAGGUGCCUCAGAAGGCUCAACGGGAACACAUAAUAUCAAGCCAACCACUACAGACGAAAGCUCUCAACAAACAACAAAUGUGAACGACACUACUAAAGCAUCACGUCACAGAUAUGGGAAAGAUGGACGUAGGUCGGGUGGUACAUCGGGAGGCUUUGCAGGGACACAUGAAUAUCCACUGCAGUGCAAGUCUGUAUCAAGUCAACCAACGAAUGGUGCCGAUGUCAUUUCUACUGAGGAUGAAAACAGACAAGCAGAUGCCUCAACAGUAACACACAAUAAUAUCAGCCCAUCCACUCCCUGCGACGGCUCUCACACAACAAUCAAGACCGAAACUGAUGAAGCAUCAGAAAAACCAUUGAGGGGGCAAUAUGGGCAAGAUGGAUCAAAACAGCAAGGUACUGUGGGAGGCAAUUUAGGUACACAUGAGUUAUGACUACAUAGAAGGCUCAACAGCAACACACAAAACCAACCCACCCACUACCUGCGACUGCCAAGUCUCUCGGACAACAAAGGAGACUGAAACUGAAGUGUGAGUACUAAAUUAAUUAACGCUUGAAAUUAAUAUUUCAGUGAAAAUCCAUUCUCUUAUAGAGCUGCUGUCACCUGCUGUCACAUGAGAACCAGAAAACUUCUCAACUCAGUCGUCUCUGCGACGGCGAUCGAAGAAAUUGUGUACUGUUGGCGCCAUCUCUGAUAGCAUGCAUGUAUGUCAGCAACCUAGCUACCUACAUAUCCAACUCGGUCCCAGACCUGCGUGAAUAAUAUAAUGUUGUCUGAGAACUUAGUUUGUUUCCUUAUGGUGUGUUUGAGUUGAAACUACGUAUAGCUAUUUGUGAGUUGAAAAUAAGUGUGUGGCUGGUUUAUGUUACUUUUAAUGUUAUAUUUAGUUUCAGUUGUCUCUCAUCUUCGAUGAUACUUCAAGUAUUCUAAGAUGUUGA